AUGAUCAGCGUGGAAGGGUCUACAAGUCCUGAUAUUUGUCCCUGUUCGGAUUCAAUAGAUAUUUGUCUAUGUUGUAUUCCACUUAAUUUACUUUGUUGUUGUUUACCAUGUUGUCAACCUCCUCGUGAGCGAGUUGUCUAUGUUCCUGCAACUCAAAUGAAUCCAAUUCAAGAUCAUCGUUAUAUUAUACGUGAACCUAUUGGACGUUAA